CGUAGAUGCUAAUGCUGGAGGCUAACACAUAUUUUCAUUAACCGGAGGAUACGUUUGAUGUUCAUCACAACUAGAAGAUAUUCACAGAUUUUGAGUGCGUUUCUUUCCCAUCGGAGCAUUGCACUCCUUCUCCUGCUCCAGGGCCGUUAACGAGACCCCUCCUUGGAGGGCUUCCAGGGAGUUCGCUCCUGAUUAGGGGGCAAGCUGCACCUUUGCAGUUGGGUCAGCUGAAAGCCCACCUUGCAUUGACACAUAUGAACAAUGUUCUUGCUGUUGGUGGCCGAGCUGUGACCUUGACAGCAAAUACCAAUGCACCUACUCCAUACUUUGCCACAACUCCACCCUCACCAACUGCUGUAGCCAUCAAUCUUCUGAACCUUCUAAAAAUCGCCAACACCAUGUCCCAUCCACUGUAUAAUCCCUAUGCCUCUGGCAAACCAAGUUCCUCCCAAGGACAAUAUGGACACUCCAGUGGAUCGACAGAGAGGGACCCUCGGACGGCAUCGUCUCAUCUUGGACCUAGACCCAGCUUCAGUUCUUCUGGGCUUUCUAGUGGGCCGGUAGAGAGGGAUCCUCGAAUGUCAUCGCCUCAUCUUGGACCUGGAUCCAACUUCAAUUCUUCUGGACUGUCCAGUGAACCGAUGGAGAGGAACCCUCAGGUGGCAUCAUCUCAUAUUGGAUUUGGAUCCAGUUUUAAUUCUUCUGGACUCUCCAGUGGACCGACAGAGAGGAACCCUCUGAUGGCAUCGCCUCAUCUUGGACCUGGAUCCAGCUUCAGUUCUUCUGGACUCCCGAGUGGACCAACAGAAAGGAACCCUCGUAUGGCAUCACCUUAUCUUGGACCUGGAUCCAGUUUUAAUUCUUCUGGACUCUCCAGUGGACAGACAGAGAGGAACCCUCUGAUGGCAUCGCCUCAUCUUGGACCUGGAACCAGCUUCAGUUCUUCUGGACUCUCGAGUGGACCAGCAGAAAGGAACACUCUGAUGGCAUCUCCUCAUCUUGGACCUGGAUCCGGCUUUAAUUCUUCUGGACUCUCCAGUGGACCGACUGAGAGGGACCCUCGGAAGGCAUCGCCUCAUCUUGGACCUGGAUCCAGCCUCAGUUCUUCAGGACCCUCCAGCGGAACAACCGAGAGGGAUCCUCGGAAGGCAUCGCCUCACCUUGGACCUGGAACCAGCUUCAGUUCUUCUCAACUCUCCAGUGCAUCGAUAGAGAGGGACCCUCGGAAGGCAUCGUCUAAUCUUGGACCUGGAUCCAGCUUCAGUUCUUCUCAACUCUCCAGCGCACUGACAGAGAGGGACCCUCGGAAAGCAUCACUUCAUCUUGGACCUGGAUCCAGUUUCAGUUCAUCUGGACUCUCCAGCGGACCAACAGAGAGGGACCCUCGGAAGGCAUCAUCUCAUCUUGGUCCUGCAUCCAGUUUAAAUUCUUCUGGAGCUUCUUCUGUGACUCUUGGGAACACCAUGGGAACUAUAUCAUCACUUAUAUCCAUGCCUGCGAGCUACAGACCUGAAAGAAGUAGGGCAACAGAUGACAGCAUUGAGAGGUCUGUAGACUUGCAUCUCAGCAGAGCCAGAGAGGAAGUUCGGCAUCAGUCUGCAAGCCAGGGCAGCCAUUUUACCAGCACUCAAAGAGACAAGUUUCCUUCCUCAAGCACAGGAGCAACCUCUUAUUUGACAUCAACAGCCACUCAAGGACACUCUAAUGUUAAAAGUGGCAGUAGCUCCUUGGACUGGUUGCCCAUCUGCAAAACAGCCAAUGAAGACAAUUCUUCCAAAAUAUAUUCAUCUAAUUCAUCUGACUAUCUAAUUAGUGGUGACAGUAGGUUUAAUGCCUCCAGUGAAGAAAAUUGUGAGAUGCAGUCCAUUCCAGGUUUAGGGGGUUAUGACGAGACUGUGCCAGACAAAUCUGUUCCCCCUACUGAAUCUGUUCGGCCCAAGUACACGUCAGAAUCUGCCUCCAACAUCCUUCUACAUUUCGGACUUGAAAAGGAGGACCUGGAACAUCUCAUAUUGUACCCUGAAGACCAGAUCACCCCUGACAACCUGCCUUUCAUACUGAGGCAAAUCCGCAUUCAGAAAACAAAGAGUUCAACUGCAGUCCAGUCAGUAUCAUAUUCUACAACUCAGCCCACUACAACGAUGAGUGGGAUGGGAAGUACCUCCAGAGGAGCAGGGAUUCACCAGGAUGAAUUGUCAUCUAUUCUUAAACCAAGUAAAGUAAUUGAUUAUGGACAUACUGGCAAAUAUACUGCAGAGGUAGGAGAUGGAAUUGGAAGGACCGUUGGCAGUAAACCUAAUAGUAGCGGAGGUGGAGGUGCAUUGCUGAAGGACACUUUCAGUGGUAGCAGCCGAGAACCACUGCAAAGAAGCAUGACAGAGGUGAAAAGCAGUUCCUUUGUUUCUUCACACGGUCAGGUCAGCCCUGUCACCAGUCUCGGCUCAAUGAGAAGCUCUGUGGCUCCUCCAGCCAGUGGUUCAGUUAAACGAUUGGCGCCCCAAACAAACCAGCCCUCAAAGCCAAUCUUUUCCACUUUCUCUAUGCCUAAGAAAGAUACGGACAUGAGACAACUAAAUUUAGAGGCUUCCAAAUCUCUUCCUUUGAAACAGUCAGAACCAGAUCUUCACUCAACACCAAAAACCCAGUCGUCCUGCACUCUAUACCGUGGUGUUCAUCCAAGCCGUCCUGGCCUCGUGCUCAUUGGCAGGAAUGAUGACAGUUUUAGCAAAACUCAGAGUAAAACUCAAGGACAAACAUCAAAAGUUGCCGAGCAGGUGAAGCAGCAGCAGACACAAAGACAGCAACCAGAGCAACAGUUGCUGCAAAGGGGGCAAGCUUUGCAGCCAAGGGUUUUAACUGCUGUAAAGCCGGUUCCUCCUUCCUCUGUCGUCCCGGGUAUUGUUACUGUUCCCCCAGCUCCACCUCAGCCAACAUCCAGAGCAAGAGCGGGCCCACCUCAAGCAACGCUGCCGUCCUCCAGCAAGGAGAUUGGAGUUUCCAAGCAUAUACCAACCCCAGCCAUGUUGCAGGAUUAUGCUGCGGCCACACCAAGAACAUUUCCUCACAGCUGCGUGCUUUGUAACAGACAAUGUACCAAUAUGAAGGAUUGGCUUUCCCACCAGAACACCAGCCUUCACCUUGAGAACUGCAGACUGCUGCGAACUAGAUACCCAGAGUGGGAUGGUGAGAUACUGUCGAAGAGCAAUUCAGGUAAAGAUGUCAAGCCUUUGCCCUCAAUGUCUGCCCAGACCUCCCAGAAUCGUCACCAGAAAACCAGGCAUGAGGGUCCUACCCGCUCCCACAGCCCUCACCACCAGCAUGGAUCAGAGGAUAGGAGGGAAAAACGCAGCAGCCGUUCCCGCUCACGCAGUCCACGCCAAUACUAUGCUUCAGAAGGUAGAAGAGAGAAACGUUGCAGCAGGUCACCGCCGUACACCACCCGACACCCUUGCAGGUCUCGGUCUCGUUCUUUGUCUCCACGGUAUGACCGCCCUACCUCCUCCCGCUAUCAGUCACGUUCAAAGAGUCAUGAGAGACGCUUCUCGCCCAGGAGUAGAGAUGAGAAACGAUCCUCACCAAGACGGAGUCGCGAGCGACGAUCACCACUGAGGAGAAAUGACGAUAAACGGUCGCCACCGUUGAGAAGCCGUGAGAGACGAUCUUCCACCGAGAGGCCACUGCCUCAGCGAAUGAAGUCAAGCAGCACAGAGAGGCUGGCCAAGAGACUGCUGGAAACAUCAGCUGUCCAGUCUCUGUCAAAUCCAUCUGAUCUCGAGGCCAUGGUUAAAUCUUUGGCUCCUGCCUUACUCGCUGAGCUAGCAAAGAUGAAGUCGUCAUCAACCUCUGCUACCUCGUCUUCAUCCUCCCCUGGUGCAGCAAAAAAAGUCUUGUCUACUAAGAUAACUAAAGCAAAGCCUAGCCUUCAAAAGAGCGGGACAAGUUCUUCUGCAAAGCCUAAGGGUAAAUCCUCACCUCCAACCAUGGUGAAGCUUAAAGGAGUUAAUGCUGCGCUUACUCACAAAGAUGUGUUAAUGGCAAUGGAGGAUUUCGGGAAAACCAAGUCAGUAGUGUUGUUCAGGUUAAUGAAAGAGGCAGUCGUAUGUUUUGAGAAAGUGGAAGAUGCUCAGACACUGAGGAAUAUGAAGACCUUUGAAAUCAAAGGAAUGGUGGUCACUGUUGACAGAGAAAAGGAUACUGUUGCUAAGAAACCUGUUGUGAUUUCUACAAAGAAACCUGCACAACAAAAGUCUGCAAAAUCCAGUGACUCCACAGCUCCGACUACUAAACCCACUUCCACUGGAAAAGCACCUUUGACUUUACCUUCUGGGGCCAAAAAGACCACUAAAGGAAAACUUACAACAAAAGCAAAAAUUUUGGUUUCCAAAGCAAAAAAUAUCUCAACUAAACAAACAGGAAAAGCUGUAAAGGCAGACAACACAGCUGGAAAAGGAAAACCGAAAUCAGUUGAAGUAAAAAAAGAAGCUUCGAAGCUCUCAGGAGCUAAGAUUCCAGCAAAGAGACCUGACACCAGUGACUCAAAACAAAACCCAAAACUUAAAAAACCCCAAAGCAGUUCUAAAGAAACUGUGGGGACACCUAAAGAAACAAGCAAAGUUGAUAAACCUUCCAAUUUGAGUGUUUCUAAAUCAAUUAAAGGCAAAGAAACUGUCACAAAGAGCUGUACUUCCACAUCAAAAACAACCCCGGCUACUCCUAAACCUCGAAAGGAAGCCAAUAGUUCAGCAGGAGUGGCAGCUGUAAAAACAGAAAGCGGGAAAGAAACAGUAGCCAAGACGAAGAAAGUUUCAGAAAAUCAGCCAAAUGCUGCUGAAACCUUCAAGGCCAAAAUAUUGGAAGUAAAAGCAGAAGAAUCUGGAAAGAUGCCUGAAGACACAGCCAAGGUUUGUCAAACAGGAAAAGAGAAACACACUGAAAUGAAACAACAGCAGAAAUCAGCCAAAGAGGUUAAAGACUCUGAACAGUUGGAGCCUGGGGAAACAGUGGCAGAGCCCAUGGAUACCUCACCAAGUAACCCCAGUGAUACAUCAACCAGCACUAAACCUCAGGUCCUUUCACCAGACACACAGCAAGCAAGUACUCUUAAGAGCAAAGGACAACAGAAGAUAGAUGAAAAGGCCUUACCAGCUAAACCCUGUGAUCCACCUACCAGUACUACUCAUCCACCUCAGUCAACACAGAUCACCUUAAAAGGAAGCUCAGCUGAAGCUGCUUUGAAGGCAAAGCAGACAGACCAAGGGGCAGAGACUAAACCAGAGCAGAAGGCUGAAGUACAGACCCAGAAGGACUCGACACCAACAGCUGUCAACGUUUCAGAUGUGUCGCCCGAAGUAGCUACAUCAGCAUCAGGCUGUGUUCAGAUGGAAACCAUCCUGCCAUCCAACGCGCCGCCUCCUGAACCUGGUGAUAAUGGACAACAACCCAUUUCUUCUCCUUCUGUUGUAUCAGCAACAUCUGCUGGAGCCAUCUUGCCUGAAACUGGCUCAACAAAACCAGCUGUAAAAGUAAAUGAGGCUCCUGCACCAGAAACUAAAAUUACUGCACACACAACUUUUGCUCCUAAGGCAAGCGAGGAUGUAAAAAAAGUCAAGGAGGAGGGAUCCACCACAAAAACUUUAGUCACUUCUGCUGCUGAGCACAUCCUUCCUGCUUCUAACCCACCACUUUUAAUCACAAGCCCGGUAAAAUCUGAGGAAAAGACUGAAUUCUCUCAACUUGAGGUGGAAACUUUGCACAAGCACAGACUCACUCAAGGUGGCCAGACACAAAAUAAAGAUAAAGAGAGCGCCAAGAAAAGUGAUGCAUGCUCUGCAAGUGUAAAGGAGGAAGGCACACCACAGCAAAAUGCUCAGGAUGAUACUGAAGCUGACGUUUCUUCUUUUGAUGAGGAAAUGUUCAACUUUGAAGAUUUUGUCACAGUUGAUGAAAUUGGUGAAGAUGUGGAAGAUGCAGCUGCUGACAAAAGCUCGUCUUUACAUAACCAGACAUCCAAAGAGAAAAAGGAACAACCGAGUUCAGAUGUGUCCUCAACUGCCAAAAAGUCCUCAACAAGGUCUUCUAAAGUCUCCAAGAGCUCGGCCUCUUCCUCAUCCUCCUUAUCGUCUUUGUCCAAGGCCAUGAAAAGUAGCUCAAACCCUAAUUUGACUUCUGCGUCACCAAAAAGGAAAAGAGAUUCAUCUGAAUCCACCAAAUCCAAAACCAAAUCCUCUUCCUCUGCCACUGUCUGUAAGACUUCUUCCUCUUCUUCUUCUUCGCAGCUCGUUCAAACUCCUGCCCCCCCAAGUCAGAAAGCUCUGCCAAGCAAGACAAAGCCACACACUUCAUCUACAGGUCGAAGUACUCGUUCAUCUGCAGCACCUGGCAAGAUGUCCGUAGAAACGCCUCAGUCUCGUAGAGCAGACACAAAACCAACAGAGACUGAAGUGACAGCAUCUGACCACAAGGUGGCAGCAGAGAGCAUUGCUGCAAAAACUGUUGAGUCAGAGACAAAAAUAGAAACCUCCUCAGAGAUGGAUCCACCGGCACAGAGACAGGAGUUAGAGUUGGUACACCAAACCCAGAAUGUGAAGACUAAUUUUAAGGAUGAAACGGUCCAUGAGGAGGAUGAAAGCAAAGACAAAGAAGGAAAAAAAGAUGACAAAUGCAUUGAGGAGGAGGGAGAUGGUGAACAUUACCAGAUCCUUGAUUCAUUCAGUGAUCAAACUGAUGAACAGAUGAACAAAGAAGACAAUCAAGAUGCCAGCAGUAAAACCCAAACUCCUGGACCUGAGCAAAGCCAGACCUCACAUGAAGACCAUCAGGUCUUGGACAGAGUUGAGGAUAAAAGCAAAGCCUGCCCAGAGAUGCAGAUGGAUUACAGCCCUCCUAAAGACCAACCUGCUACAGCUGAGGUGGACAAAAGUGAAGGAUGUGCAAAGCUGCACGCGUCUGAUGGAAAUGUGACUCAAAUAUUGGACUCGUAUGAUAUAUCAGCAGUUGACCAUGGAGUUAAUAAAACCGAAGCAAUGGAUAAAGAUACCAAUCAAAUUCCAAGGGCCGAGAAAGAUGAAGCACAGGAAAUACAAACAGAGGGAGAAAUUCUUUCAGAAGAAUCCUCCAAAAUCACCAAAGAUGCGGGCCAAAUCUAUGGCAACAAAAAACAGACUCUUGAAGACACAGAACAAGAAUCCUUAGAGACACUGGAUUCAGUUAAUGAUCAGAUCAUAGCAGAAGGUGAGAGCCUGAAACUUGAAACACCCAGUGAUCAAAUCUCUAAAGCAGAUGUUGGAUCCACAGAAGAGGAUGAAGAUGCGUACCAGGUUAUUGAUUCACUGGAGGAUCAGCUAACAGAGACCGAGUUGGAAGCUGGCAACAAGGAACAAGAGGCAAAAACGGGCAACGUUCCAUCUUCAAGAGUUGAUAAGCCAAACGGAAGAGGUGGUCUGAGGACCAAAACAUCUAAAAGUGAAGAGAAGGAAAAAUCACCAAAGAAACCGGACAGGACAGUUAAACAUGAAACUCUUUCAGGAAAAGAUAAAAAAACUGAUGAAGACUCUGAGGAGGCAGUUUAUGAGGUGGUGGAUUCCGUUGAAGAUGAAUCUGUUCAAGAAAUCUUAACCACAAAAAGAUUGGGUAGAAAAAGAACCACCAGAGGAACCAAAAAGGAUAAAACUCCAACAUCAAAUAGCAAAGAGGCGCCUGAAAAAGCUGACGGAGAGGAGGAAACUGUGUAUAAAAUUUUAGACUCUGUGGAAGACGAGGCUUCCACUGAUGAACCGACCAUCCCGACAAGAUCUACCAGAGGAGGAAGAGAGAAACUUAAAGAGGCUGAAAAAGAGAAAUCAGGUAAAGCUGAGACCCCAACAAGAAAGAGGAACACACCUGCCAGAGAUUCACAAGAACGGAACAAAGAGAAAACCACUGAGAAGGACGACAAAGCUCCUAAAGAAAACACACAAAAAAAGAAAAGUGAUGCCGCUUUAAGGGACCCCAGUGAGGAGGAGACCACUUACGAAGUAUUAGAUGCUGUAGAAGAAGAGGCUGUUGAGGAUGUUCGAUUUGCGACCCCAGUAAAACCAAAGAGGGGAAGACCAAAGAAAGACAUAAGAACAGCAAAAAAACAACGUGCAGCUCAGAAGAGGGAAGACUCGUUCAGUAAAGGAGCUGAAGAAGAAGAAGAAGAGGCAACUUAUCAGAUUCUUGACUCUCUGGAGGAUGAGACGGGUGACGAUCAAACUCCAGUUGACCAAACUAAGAGCGCACGAAUGCUAAGAAGUCCUAAAGAAGGCAGAAAGAAACCAAGAGCAAAUUCACCCAUAAAUGAGGAGGAGGAGGAGGAGGAAGAGCCCAUGUAUCAGAUUGUAGAUUCUCUGGAAGAUGACCAAGUUCAAGAGGAGCUGAUGACCAUAGAAAUGUCCAAAAAGAAAGAAGAAAAAAGUAAAGAAAAAGAUGAAAUUACCACAAAAGACAGGGCUGCAGGUGAAAAAGAAGACACAAAAACACGUGACUCCAAAACUGUAGAAGGGUCUAAACCGGAGCUCAUGGAGGAAAAGAUUCUGGAUCAGUUAGUUAAAGAUCUAGAAGAGGUUAAUGAUGAACCUUCUGCAGAAAGAUCUGGUAAAGGAAAGGACAGGACACUAAAACCAGACAUCAAGAAAGAGGACAAACCAGCAACCAAGUCUCAAAGUGGUGCUGCAACAUCAGAUAAGAAGCAAAAAUCAAAGAAAAAGGACACAAUGACUGCAGGGAGUUCUCUGGUGAACCUGGAUGAAGUGAGCGACGAGGAGGAAGACUACCCCGAUGAUACCGCUGAGAAAGAGGAGCUGAAGAAAAGCCAAGCUGCUGCUGAAGAGCGAGAGAGGGCGGAGGAGGAGAGGAGGACCAGGGAGAGAGAGAGGAGGAGUCAGAGCAGAGGCAGCAGUGGAGGAAGGGGAAGGAAAACGAAGGGGAAGGGGCAGCAAAAUGAAGAGAAGAGGAAGAAAAAUAAAGAAAAGGUAGAGGAAGACACUCAGGAGUUGGUGACUCUGGAUGAGGUGGGGGAAGAUGAAGCUGCAGAGGGUCAAGGAUGGGACAGAGAGAUCAUGGAGGCAGAGCUGCAGGAGCUCGUCACUCUGGAUGAGAUUGUGGAAGAUGAGGAGGAAGAGGAGGGAAAGGAGGAGAAGACCAGGCAGAAGAGCCAACCGGUGGAUUUCCCGAAGCCAGAGAGUUUGAUAUCUUCAGAUGAACCAGGCCAGGAUGAAGACGAGAAAAAAGAUGAAGAGGGACAAGAGGAAGCCUCAAGAUCUGCUAAACGUAAAUGCGAUGACGACACAGAAGACGGUGAGAACUUUCUGACAUUAGAUGAGGUUGGGAAGACUGAAAAGGAGGAAAAAGAAGCACCAGCGAACCGGACCAGAGGCCGUCCAAAGAAGAGAAGCAGACUGACUCCGGUGAAAAAGUCUACCGCGAGGACGACGGUGAGCUCGGAAGAGCAGCAUCCUCCUGCUGUACUCGGUUCUUUCUCAACACUGGACAAAGACACAUCUGCACUGUCAAGUGACGAGCAGCUGGAGACCCAGAAGACCGAGGAGGAAGCCGCAGGUCGGACUGAUGUUCAGUCUACGUCUGCUGGAUGUCCUGAUAACCAGACGCUGGAAGGAUCUGUAGAGGAGGAGAAGGAGGGAUCCAGAGCUGACGUUAAAGUAACUGAUAAACGAAGGAGGGAAUUUGCUGGACCUGAAGCAAAGCGAUCUCGUUCCCAGUCUCCUUGUGUCCCAGACGUCAAACUGCCACCGUUCAGCCCGAAUAACCCACUCGGUCAGGAGUUUGUGGUCCCCAAAUCUGGAUUUUUCUGUAAUCUUUGCUCCAUUUUCUACUUAAAUGAGAGCACGGCUAAGGAAGUCCACUGCUGCAGCCAGAAACACUACGACAACUUGCUGAAACAUUACCAGAAGCUUCAAAAGAAGACUUCUAAAACAUCAACACAAAGCUCUAAAGACGCCGCCUCUGAUGGGUCGACUUGAGCUGGAGGAUGUGGAAGGUCGACUGUGUCUUGAACGCUGAAGCAUUGAUAUAUGUGUGUAUAUGAUGGUCGUAGUGAGUUUAGAACAAAAAACGCCUUCUUCAGGUUAAUUAUACUUUUACCACAAUUAAUAAAGCAAGCUGUGUAAUUAAAACUCCCCACUACUCACCCGUUUUGGUGCCUUCGCUGGUCUUGGCUGGACAUCUGGCAGAAGUGGAAAACAGACGGAUUUAAUAUCUCCAUGGAAUAACAAGAAAAAUGUCAUUUUUAGAGGCUGUCAUUAAACUUAUCACCGGUAAAUAACCAUUUAAUGUCAAGAUGCAUCAUUACAGUUUAAUGUAGAGAUACUGAAUCAUAUAAGGUACAUGAAAAAUGUGAAGUGUACCUAUUUAUUGUGAAUGAAUAUGAGGCGAUGUUCGAGUGUUGGCUUUUUGUUCCUGCAGCACGUUGACUGUCUUUUAAACAAGGGUCCAAUAUGUUGAAUAAUUAGUUUCUUUAACAUGUCAGUGAAAGUUGUUCAGUUGUUCCCUGAGUUAUGUGGAAAUAAUAAGUUUUACAAUUAUCUUAAUGGUUUGGUUCUUUAUUUUUUUUCUCUUUUUUUUUAUUUUUAUUCCUUCCCAUUCAUUAGCAAGGUGAUAUGGGGAGAUUAGAUGUUGCUGUUUAAGUGUCUGCAGAGCUGAGUAAAAUUUCUAAAGUAUAUUAAAACUGCUAUAAAGAUAAUAUAGCAAUGUCGUGAAAAUAAAACAAGAUGUUUCUCA